AUGCCGUCGCCGCUGUCGAACUCUGAAUUUCCUCCCAGUGGGACUAUCAAAAACGAAGAAAAUCAGGAGCCCUCCCUGGAAAAGCCUGCAUCAAAUGGAAUUGAUAGCAGUCCGCCAAACGGAGGAACUCGAGCUUGGUUCCAGGUAGUCGGCUCUUUUUUCCUGUUCUUCAACACAUGGGGUAUCAUCAAUUCCUAUGGAGUGUUCGAGACAUUCUAUAAGGAAAGCCUGCUUCAGGGGACAUCACCUUCGACAAUUUCAUGGGUUGGGUCUUUACAGUCAUUCCUCAUCAUGUUUCUCGGUGUUUUGACCGGGCCCAUUUACGACGCUGGGUUGGUGAUGCCUUUAUUAUACAUCGGCUCAUUUCUUCUGGUCUUUGGCCACAUGGUGCUCAGUCUUUCUCAAAACUUUUGGCAAGUUCUCCUAGCGCAGUCAUUCUGCGUUGGUAUCGGAGCUGGUCUUCUCUUCGUCCCGAGCAUUGCGAUCCUCUCUACCUACUUCAACACAAAACUGCCGUUCGUUGUGGGAAUAGCUGCAUCCGGAUCAAGUAUUGGUGGUGUCGUUUAUCCCAUCAUGAUACAUCUUCUACAAAACGAAGUUGGAUUUGCCUGGUCCGUCCGCAUUGCUGGUUUUGUCGCUCUCUUUGGGCUAGCUAUCUCGUGCCUAGUGCUAAGGGUACGCACACUUCCUGCUACCCGCCGCAAGCUUGUCGACUGGCAAGCGUUCCGCGAAGCACCUUAUGCCUUAUUCAAUGUCGGCAUGUUCCUGUGCUUCAUGGGACUUUACACUCCUUACUACUAUAUCCAGUCUGUCGCCAAUGAGGAGCACAUAACUUCCUCAAAUUUGGCAUUCUAUCUUCUGCCAAUUGUCAAUGCAACUUCGACUUUGGGACGUUUAGGCAUUGGCUACUUUUCCCAGUGGUCUGGGCCACUCAACAUAUUGGUUCCAUGCGCUUUGGCAUCUGGAAUUCUUGUCCUUUGCUUGAUCGUUGCUGGAUCGCAGCCUUCCAUGUUGGCAAUUUGUGCCUUGUAUGGCUUCUUCUCUGGAUCGCUUGUUUCGCUCAUGGGUCCGAUUCUUGUGAUCCUUUGCCCCCAUCGUGGUGUAAUUGGUACCAGGAUAGGGAUGUGUUUCACUCUCUUGGGCAUUGCCUUACUGAUUGGGACCCCAAUAGCCGGCUCUGUUCUUGACUCUCAUGGUGCAAAUAUGGUUUGGGUUUACAGUGGCGUUUUGACACUGUCUGGUGGGUUUGCGAUAGCGAUCAGUCGUAUGUGUCAAGCAUCUUGGAAGCUUGUUGCGAGAACCUGA